GUGACCUCUGUGACGUCCGAAUGUCCCCCAUCCGAGUUGACGGUUAACGACAGUAGAUAGUAAAGCAGAUAUUCACUAAAGACGCCAUCGCGCCAUUUUUCGCAUCAAAGUGAACUUGAAUGCACUUGUCGUUAUUUCCAGGAAUACUUCGCCGAGUCCUUCCAUAAUCAGUCUUACACCUCCAGUUCAAGUUUGAAGGCACGAUGCUGGAUCUGCCUCUCGAGCUCUUCUUGAUGAUCGCUGCUGAUCUCAAUGUGGCAGAUAUCAUUUCGUUACGCAAGACAUGUCGUUUGCUAUUUCACUACAGCCAUGAACGAACUCUAUGGCUUGACCUACUAUGCUGGAUACAAAUGUUUCUGCCCCUUCCGCGUUUAACUCAUGACUUGGAUGCUUUGAUAUCUUCAGAAAUCGAGCGGAUAGUCUUAUCUGUUCUCAGAACAGAACGUUUGUGGCUGGUUCCCAGAGAAUACAAUCCACCAGCACCGAUUUAUACUCUAUCAUGCGACCCUAAGAUCGACUACCCGGUACAUCUGGAAUAUGUCUUCGACGAUUAUCUGCUUGCCAUAUACAAACUUGGUCAAGUUUAUGUCUGGGAUACACGGUAUCUGGACUCUUCUUCUCCUGGGAAAGAAUGUGGUAGUUAUCUUCUCGCGGAACAACCACGCUCUUAUGUCACUGUCGUCGGCGCAGAUAAAGCCACUGUUUUUAUUGGGAUUGCACUCGAAUCUGGUCAAACUGUGAUUCUAUCUUCCACCCUGUGGCCUUUUUUGUUCACCUCUUCGGAGGAGAAAGAUAAUUCUGCGCUCCAGUUGAUCAGUACUAUGGACAUCGGGAGUCCCAGCGUAAUCCACGACAUCAAUGUGAAAACUGAGCUAGUGCUAUUUUCACGCGCAACAGACAUUCGUAUCUUCAAUUGGCGCACCCAGACUUGCUAUACCAUAGGAGACCAUUCCACCGGAGAGUUACUCGACCAUCUUGUCAAGAAGUUAAAGUUUCUUUGGCCUUAUGUCCUCUGUUUGCGGUCCUCUUCUAUCUCCGUGUACGACCUGCGACCUUUUUCUGAAUCUAUGGAUUCAUCGCAACUUCCACAAGCACCUAUACUCGUGCGCGAAUUGCAAUACCUCAAAUUUAUGUGCGCCUCACUAUCCAACCCCUGGCCUCAACCCAUUCUCCCCUCUGGUCCUUCUGAUGGCUCGCAAUUUUACAGGAUGUCCCUUGUUGGCCAUGACUUCUACAAAGGCCUAUUUCUACACAGAAUCAUUCUAGAUCUGUCGCCCACUCCGUCACUCUCCGUUAACUGCAUCGACGUCUUAUCUUAUGCGACUUAUGGUGGACACACCCCCAACACAAACUCUUUGUUCCCUCCCGACGAUGGUAGACCUCCACAACGAAUCAUUUUCAAUGCAGGUAA